AAAUGGCGUGCUAACGGUACAAAAAAAUAAAAAAAAACACUAACAACAAUUUAAUACAUAUAGACAGAAAAAGUGGGCUCGUCUUUCAAUGAAACACGUCUGGUAUGAAAUCAAAUGAUAAACAAAAACAAAUAAAUAGUUGAAAUAAACAUAGAAGAAGAGCGAGGAGAGUGAUUGUGUAUGAGUUUGUAGUUUGUAUUCUAUAGAUACACAGUGAAAUAAAUAAAAAAAAGAUACCUAUUAUUUGUUUACGUUUUAAAUAUCUACAAAGUGAAUUAUAUAGAUACAAUUUGCAACGUCAACAAACAGCAUUUGAAAUCAUUAUUUAUUUAAUAAGAAACUUCUGGAGACUCUGAGGCUCAUACUAGUGAUUUAGAGGAUACCGGCGACGAAAUGACUGAAGGCAAAAAUGUACCAACCACCCCCAAGCCCAGUUCUAGUGCUGAGGUGCCCUUUCGAAGAGGAGGAGAUUUUCGCAAAUCAUCUUUAAGCUUAAAUCGUCUGGUGGGUGUUAUCGAUGAGGGUACAAACACGGUAAGCUUUUCAAUUUACACCACGCCGGAGUUUAAGGAAAUUGCCAGCCAUCGUAUUGAAAAACAAAUGCUGACUGUGAAAGACGGCUGGUUCGAACAGGACCCCAUUGCCAUCAUCAACAAUAUCUAUCGCUGCUGUGAGGUGGCCGUUAGUAAGCUGCCUUUGUUGGGCUACCGCAAGGAAGACAUUUUCACGAUAGGCAUAACAAAUCAGCGAGAAACUACCGUAGUCUGGGAUAGCAUCACAGGAAAACCUUUAUAUAAUGCCAUUAUUUGGAAUGACAUACGCACCACUACCACCGUAGAUCAAAUCUUGGCCAAAAUACCGGAACAGAAUAAAAAUCAUUUUAAAAAUAUUGUGGGUCUGCCGGUGUCACCAUACUUUUCGGCUCUAAAGAUCAGAUGGCUUAAGGAUAAUGUGGCGGCGGUGCGUAAGGCAUGUCGGGAGAAACGUUGUAAGGCGGGCACCAUAGACAGCUGGAUAGUUUGGAAUUUAACCAAGGGUGCUCUACACAUAACCGAUGUCACCAAUGCUUCACGUACCAUGCUCAUGAAUAUUGAGACCCUAGAAUGGGAUCCAGUUCUACUGAAAACCUUUUCCAUACACACUGACAUGCUGCCCGAUAUUAGAAGUUGCUCAGAAAUCUAUGGCAAAGUUUUGGAUGAUCGUUCCGUACUCAAAGGCAUGCCCAUUAGUGGUAUAUUGGGAAAUCAACAAGCUUCUCUGCUGGGACAAAUGUGCAUUAAACCAGGUCAAACUAAAAAUACCUACAGAUCCGGUUGCUUUUUACUCUGCAAUACGGGCACAACACCAGUGAUAUCCUCUAGGGGUCUAUUGACCACAGUGGCCUAUAAAUUGGGACCAAAUAUGCCGCCAGUAUACGCCUUAGAAGGUUCGGUGGCGGUGGCCGGACAUGCCCUGGAAUGGCUACAAAAUAAAGUACGCAUAGUGCCAAAUGCCUCAGAUGCUGAAAAGUAUGCCGAAGCCGUACAAACAACAGGAGAUGUUUACUUUGUGCCCGCCUUUACUGGUCUCUAUGCCCCCUACUGGCGUAAAGAUGCCCGUGGCAUGAUUAUAGGUCUAACACAAUUCACCACGAAACAUCAUGUGGUGAGGGCCGCCCUCGAAGCCAUUUGCUUUCAAUCCAGAGAUAUUUUGGAGUGUAUGUACAAAGAGGGUGGCUUUAAAUUCAAUAAACUACAUGCCGAUGGUGCCUUAUCCUCUAAUAAUGUUCUAAUGCAAUUGCAAGCUGAUACUGCCGGUGUACCAGUAUUUCGGUCACAACUCUUAGAUUCGACAGCCUUUGGUGCGGCCAUGUGUGCUGCUCAGGCCGAGGGCAUAGAAUUGUGUAAAUUUGAUCCUGAUAAAAGACAUUAUGAUAAUAUUUAUUAUGAUACCUUUUUGCCAACGAGCACAGAUGAAGAGCGCGCCCAACGAUAUGGCAAAUGGAAGAAGGCUGUAGAGCGUAGUUUCGAUUGGGCCGAUCGUGGCAAAUCGAAACAUAUGACUGAAGAAAGAUACCGCAUGUUGUCAUCAGUACCUGGUAGUUUAUUCCUUAUAGCUACGUUUGCCAUGUUGGCACACUCUUUAAGAAAUCUAAAGCCAUAGACAAUCAAUUAAAAAGGAAGAAAAAGGGGUGCGUUUCGAUAUGUUUAAUAAGAAAGAUCAGUAGAAUUUAAUUUUUUGAAAUUAAGAACAAAGUUUACAUAUAGCAAAACAACAUUGAAUUAUUCCGAAAUUCCAUUGACCCAAAAAGAGAGUUGAAUUUCUUGUCUUCUACUCUUAGUUGCGCUUUUUAUGACGUUCAUAUAUUCCAAGCCUAGUUUAUAUUUUACAGCCCUCUAAACUUGGACAUCUUGGAUAUUUUUGUGAAAAAUUAACCAUAUUUCGGAAUGCUAAAAGUAAAAUGUAUACUCGGAAUUUCUAUGCAAUCGGAGGGGCAGAAAUCCAAACACUUUACUACUAAAUGAAUUGCUUAAUUAUUUUAGGAGGCGAUCACUGUUAUUAAUCAACUCAAUUUUAAACUUAUCCUUUUUAUAACAUUUCGAAAUUGCUCAGUUUUCUUUUAUUACACAUAAGUCUACUUAAUAGUUACAUAUUUGAAUAAAAUUCGUGUACUUAGAAAGUAUUUAAUUGUACAUAAUUGAAUUUUUUAAACUGUUAAUGACAUUUUUUAUAAUUUUUAUCUUGUUAUAUACUUCUAUUAUUUUAUUUUGUUUAGUUUUUAAUUAUAGCCAACUAUUUGUGAUAAAAAAUGUAUACAACAUUUACGUAUGUAUAAUAAACAGUAAAACUUUAUGACCAUAUGUUUUCUUUAGAAUGUUAAUAUUUAGUAUGUUUAUCCUUUUAUUGCUUUUUUAUAACUAUUAUUAUUGUAAAUAAUAAGAAAUAAAUGAAUACUUAUAUUUAUAACGUUAUUACUAGUUUAUAUCUAUACAAAAAGAGAAAUAAUGAUUGAUGAAAUAAAGUUUAAAAAGCCUUUAAUUUUAUAUCAAAA